ACGCAUUCGUAUGUUGCUACUUCAUGAUAUUUUUAAUUUGUUUUAAAUAGAUUCAAUUUAAACGAUGAUUAGUUGACCGCUUGUGCAUUGUUUUUCUUUUUCGUGAACACUCCCUUCAAGAUUUAGUAAACCAUUGACACAGAUUAAAAAUGAAGCAAAUGAAGUGACAAAAAGUUUCCGCAUAUUUUUGGCCUGUUUCCGGGUUUUAGCAAAAGUUAUAAAUUUUCAUUUUGCUGGUUGGUUUCUCCUCUUUUUUUUCAAUCCGUUUCCACGAAAAUUUGGUCCGUGUCCAGUUUUCAGAAAAAGUAAAAAAAUUUCAGUUUGUUUGUUGGUUUGCUGUUUCUGCAAAUUUUUGGUCCGUUUCUGGUUUUCAGAAAAAGUUGGAAGAUUCGAACUAAAAAUGAAGGGACCCCCCCCCCCCCCAGCUACAUCUCCACCAUCCCCUUAAUAACUUUUCUGAAAACAGGAAAUGGAAUAAAAAUAUGCGGAAACGGAUCGAAAAAGAAAGAAAAACCGAGCAACAAACUGAAAAUUUAUAACUUUUUUUGAAAACCGGAAACGAAUCAAAAAUUUACGGAAACAGAUCGAAAAAAACAGGAAACCGAUCAACAAACUGAAAAUUUUUAACUUUUCCGGACACCGGAAACGAACCAAAAAUAUGCGGAAACUGCUCGAAAAUUUUGGGAAAUCCCUCAAAAAUAUUUGACCCGUAAAAACCGGAAUUCAGGGAAACCAAUCGAAUAAAGUGGGAAUUCCCUCAAAAAAUAAGUUUUGGGGGGGUUUCCGUUUUUUUCCGUUCCCGUGUUGGACCGUUUCCGUUUUAAGGCCUUUCCAUAGCACCAGAUCACAUUAUGUCACCCAAAUUGUAUCUUAUGUCUUAAAACUACAAUACACCAGCUAAGGAAACACAUAUGGAGUAAACUUUAAUAAAGAAAUACAUAUUUGCUGCCACAUGCUCUUCAAUGAUAUUGUAUAUUGGAGAGGGUGUACUAUUGUUAGACAAUUUAAUGAGAUUACUUCUAGCAGAGACAAUGGCCAAAAACUUAAAGGAGGAAAUAAAGAUGGAGAAUAUUGAGAUUAAAGAAGAGAUUCAGGAAAAUAUCCUUUCCUCCUCUACUGUAGAGGAUACAUGUACUGUUUAUGUAAAGGAAGAAGCCAUAAAGAUGGAGAAUAUUGAGAUUCAGGAAAAUAUCCUUCCCUCUACUGUAGAGGAUUCAUGUACUGUUUAUGUAAAGGAAGAAGUCAUAAAGAUGGAAUAUACUGGAAUUCAAGCACAAAGGAGACGCAGAAGAGGAGCAGGAGGAGGAGGACCUUGGGUCCGAGGAGGUGGAAGAGGAGGAGUACAACGAGGAGGACAACAAGGAGGACGUCGAGGAGUACAACAAGGAGGACAACAAGGAGGACAACGAGGAGGACAACGAGGAGGACAACAACAAGGAGGACAUGGAGGUGGAAGAGGAGGAGGCCGAGAAGGAGGACGAAGAGAGACUGAUCAAACUCUGAACAUCUUGGAGAAAGUGGUGGAUUUUCUUCUCAAACACAGCAACAAAGGAUGAUUUAUAAAAAUUUAAAUCUGUAAAUAAAUAUUGAUCUCAGCUUUAUUCAAAGUAAUUCAAUCCCGUUAUGGUUAUAUUCUGCAUCCAGCCUUGCUCCUUAAAUAUAAAUGUGCUCACCAGUGGCGUACACAGGGGGGGCAGUAGUCAUCUUGCCCCCCCCCCUGGAAAAUACAAAA